CUACUAACCGCGCAGUUUGCAACUGGCAACCGUUCGUUCCUAACGUGUUCGAUCUCUGUGGCCCGUCGGAACAUCACAGUAUUUUGGAGCAAUUUUGUUUCGUGUCUUAGAGAAAAAAAAAGUUUUGUUCAGAAAAUAGGUGCUUGAUAAGGGGGCCCACAGAAUGGAGCAAAUUAUUCAAAACAAAGAUGUUGAAAAAUUUAUCUCGGAAACGAAGUACUUCCUGGACGAGUUCGAUUCGAUCAUCAGCCACUGGGACUUGUCGGGUAAUUUCUUCCUGCACUACCUGAUCGAAAUCCACGAAAAUGUUACGCAGCUGCUGUCCAAGUUCACCACACUGUCGCUGGAGGGCGUGGGCGGGCGGAAACAUGUCAACUUCUUCAAUCUACAGUGUUGCGGGCAAGAGUUUCACAGCGUCAAGGACCUGAGGCUACAUCACCACUCGUGUCGCCACAAGAAGUCACACUUUGAAGAAACAGACAACUGCGAGCUUAAAUCGGCUUUGUUGAAACUAGCAUUUUUCAACCGAAGAGUCAACGAAUACCUGCAGUACGGAACAGUCGCCGAUCGUUAUCUGUGUUUGUAUCUCAAGAAGAUCCUGAAGAAGGUAAUGAUUACGUUGGACACGUUUGCAUUGUAGGAAUAUUCCACUAGCAAUUAAGAAUGUAUGAAUGCGAAGGAACGAACGGGUUGUAUCAGUAUGCCAGACACGUGUUUUACCAAAUAAACUUAAUUUAACAAUUACAACCUCGUGUUGGUUCUGGUUGCUUUCAACGAUGACACUUCCAAUAAUAGCUGCCGACAAAAGUUCACAUCGCAAUUUCCGUUCCCGAACAUGCGACUUCCCGCAACGAUUCUCAGUUUACACUGAGACAGGAAGUGAGCGAAAUGAUUCUGGAGGACACGGUCAUGUAUCGCCGAAGUGCGAAAACUCCCGAAGAUGUGGCCAACUGGAAACUGGUGUACAAUUUCAUCAUUGAAACAAAGUAUUUUCUUGAACAUUACGACAACAUAAUAGAGACGUGGGACCUGUGCGACAAGGAGUUUCUAAUGCUAGUGUGGCAAAUUGAAGAACUAUUGACGGAAUUGUUGUACAAGUAUACGACGGUUACUACGGAGUUUUUGCGACCGGUGUCUUUGCCCACUGUUGAGAUCAAGUGCUGUGAUAUUUUGUUCGAAAAGUCCUCCCAAUUGUUCCGACAUUACUACACCGUACAUCACACCCCUGCCAGAUUGAACAAUGUCAGAUAUUGUGAGAUGAAAGCCGGCCUCCUGAAGUUGGACUUUUAUCGACGUUGCCUGAAGUACUACAUCGAAUUCGGAACGUGGGCUGACCACGUUCUAUGUCUGUAUUUGAAGCGAAUCUAUAGGAAAGUGAACCAUACCCUGGACCCGUUCCGUGAAUGAUAUGUUGGAGAUUUAUUACCAUUGUGUGUUAAAGAUUGACGAAUAUUUACAAGAAUAAACAUAUUACAUUUGGUGGAAA